AGAAGCUAGAAAGAAAAGGCAAGGACGGAGCUGAGCACUACAAAAGCAGCCUCGGAUCUUGCCGGAGCUCCAAGCGUUAAGGGGAGGCGGGGAGUGACGCGUUUUGCGUCUAGAACGGCUUCUUGGAGUCCACAGCACUCAACCCAGGAGGCUCGCCUUCCUUUCUCUCUCAGACAUACCAGCAACAUAAAGAGGGGCGAUCCCUGCAUCAGCGUGAGGCGCCCACCGGGACAAUGACGGAGACCACCAAGACCCACGUUAUCUUGCUUGCCUGCGGCAGCUUCAAUCCCAUCACCAAAGGGCACAUUCAGAUGUUCGAAAGAGCCAGAGAUUAUCUGCACAAAACUGGAAGGUUCAUUGUGAUUGGCGGGAUCGUCUCGCCCGUGCACGACUCUUACGGAAAACAGGGCCUUGUGUCAAGUCGGCAUCGUCUCAUCAUGUGUCAGCUGGCCGUCCAGAACUCUGAUUGGAUCAGGGUGGACCCGUGGGAGUGCUAUCAGGACACUUGGCAGACGACCUGCAGUGUGUUGGAACACCAUCGGGACCUCAUGAAGCGGGUGACUGGCUGCAUCCUCUCCAAUGUCAACACACCGUCCAUGACGCCUGUGAUCGGACAGUCCCAAAAUGAGACCCCACAGCCCAUUUACCAGAACAACAAUGUGUCUACCAAGCCUACUGCAGCCAAGAUCUUGGGGAAGGUGGGAGAAAGCCUAAGCCGGAUCUGCUGCGUCCGCCCGCCUGUGGAACGCUUCACCUUUGUGGAUGAGAAUGCCAACCUGGGCACGGUUAUGCGGUACGAGGAGAUUGAGCUGCGGAUCCUGCUGCUGUGUGGCAGUGACCUGUUGGAGUCCUUCUGCAUCCCAGGGCUCUGGAACGAGGCAGAUAUGGAGGUAAUUGUUGGGGACUUUGGGAUCGUGGUGGUGCCCCGGGACGCAGCUGACACAGACCGAAUCAUGAAUCACUCCUCAAUACUACGCAAAUACAGAAACAACAUCAUGGUGGUGAAGGAUGACAUCAACCAUCCCAUGUCUGUUGUCAGCUCAACCAAGAGCAGGCUGGCCCUGCAGCACGGGGAUGGCCACGUCGUGGACUACCUGUCUCAGCCGGUCAUCGACUACAUUCUCAAGAGCCAGCUGUACAUCAACGCCUCAGGCUAGCAGCCACCCAGCCUCUGCUCCACUCUCCCCUCGUCCUCCGCCAACACACUGGCCCCUCCAGCCUCUAUCAGUCCCCCUGUUUCUCUCCCGCCUCUCUGUUCUCCAUCUCCUCAUCAUGACUGUUCUCCCCUUCGCUGACUCAACCCGCCAGAGUGUGGGGGACCUGCAGAGAACCACAGUGUCCCCUAUUUCACAGUCAUCUUUGGACCAACUUUCCUCUAGGCUCCAGGUUGGGGGUGGGUGAGGGAAUAGGGGUGGGAGUUGGGGGAAGUGCAGUCCUUGGACAUGUGCUGGUGUCCAUCUCCCAGCAUGCUCUAGAGAGCGGCUCUGGUGCCCAUCCUCCCAGCAUGCUCUGGGGAGGCGGCUCUGGCUCUUGCCUUCCCAGCAUGCCCUUUACCACAAAGGGCUAUUUUCCUUUCUCUUCUUUUCUUUCUCUCUCUUUCAUUUUUGUUUUGUUUUUUAUUGUUGUUGUUCACUCCUCAUAGAACUUGGAUGAAUCCGUGUCUGUAGCUCUUUGUUUGUAGUCUUGAUGCAUUCCUGUGGAAAUACUUCCCUUUGAUAGGAUAUUGUAGCCAGCACCAGCACUCAGUAAGUGCGUGAGGGCCACACCCAGUAAUGAAGGUCAAGCCACCUUCACUUUCCCGACACCCCCCCACCCACCUACCUACUCACUCUCUGCCUCCCCACACAGCGGUAGCACCAUUCUGGGGUCAGGAGUGAGGCUUUCAAGUUCUGAAACCUGGGAGGCAAGUCUGGAAAUAGUAGGGUUUCUUAGAAGAAUCUGAGUCCAUUUCCUUAGUUUUGAAAGACCAUUUUCCUGAGGCUCUGGGCCUAUGCUCACACAGAGUCAGUCCAUCCCCGUUUCCUGGUGGCAUCUGAACAGUUACUUAUUUGGGUUGUGACUGAUGGCAGAGUGUAGGUUUCCUGCCAGCCCAGUUACUUCCAAGGGUCCUUUAGAUCACCAUCCAAGCCACUGGAGGCCACACUUAGCCACAUUUCUGCAUCUGGGAAAAGUCACACAUGCAAGGCCAAAUUCUCAUAAUGCACUCAUUUCUGAUAUAAGACACGCUAGGAAUUCACUCACCCCUAGAGACCUUUGCUAAUUGCAAUUAUUUAUUGCCUGUUUGUCUGGGAAAUGUCUCUGUCAUAAUGUAAGUCCAGAUGACCUAGGAGAAAGCAAUUUAUUGCCCUGAUGGGAACUGAUGAUUCUCACCCACUCCAACUGUAACAUGGGCAGCGCCUGAGCUCAGUUCCUUCUUGAGAAGCAGUGUCUCAGCCUUGUUUCUGGGGUUGGUCCUAUCUCCUGCCUAACCCAGCAACCAUGGUUAUUGUCUGAGGAAAUCUGGCCAGAAGGGGAGUGGAUUCACAGAACAGACAUCAGAGGGGCAUCAAGAGCCACUAAAUUGUUUCUCUCCUUUUCUCCCUAAUUUCCCACCUUCCUCUGCUGUCCCUAAACAGUAUUGACAGACUGUGCUAGCUGUUCAGGCCCAUGCAUGUGCUGCUGGAGAGCCAAAAGGAAAUUAUUCUCGUGUGCUCUGUAUCUCUCAUCCAGCCUCUGGCUCUUGGAUUUCCGGAUGUCUUUGAGGAAUGGUCCCUGAGCAGCAGGAUAAUUUUAUCAGAAUCUAGUACCAGCUCUGGUCCAGGAGGGGCUGGGUGAGAUCUGUCACCAGGAACAGUGGUCUUCUCCACACACUUCACAUCUGCAGCAUCAGUAGCUUCUAGGGAAAGGAACAGGGUUCAACAGAAGAGCGUGGUAGAGUAGCAUCCAGGAGGGUGCGAUACCUCUUGGGUUAGAGAAAUGAUCUCCAGAGGAGGGAAGGAAGAUCCUAUUCUUGGGUCUCGGUGUUUGACUAAGAAUCAUGGAAUCAUAAAUGAAAAGAACUUGAGAGAUUGAUCUAACACUCUCCUUUAAAAAGAUGAGGGAGCAGAUAUCCACUGAAUUAAAUGGCUGGUCCAAGUUCAGAUAGCAAGUAUAGACUCUGACCAUAGGUCAUCACACCACAUGGCCGUGCCCCUUUGGUUCCCAUGGCACUGACCAGGUAAUAUGUGGUUUCUAUGCUUCUCAGCCUUUACCUGGCAUCUUUCUCUUAAAUAUGUCUGACCCCGGUACUCCCUAUUUAUGGCUUUGUAUGUGCCCAUCCUGGGGAGAAUGUGAUGGUGAGGAAGGCCAAAGCUAAAUUUCCCUUAGAAAUCAAGAAAUCUCAGCAGCUUGGAGGAAUUCCCAGAAAGUGUCCCUCUGAAUCCAAGAAAGGAUUGCUUUGUGGAGGGCUAAGAAAGACCCAGAAUGCUGAAGAUGUCAUUAGUGCUGGAGAGAGAAAGACAGAAGGGCCUUUGUCUGGGCAAAACAGUUGCAAGUCAGCAGGUGAAACAAAGGGAAACAGGGCUGCGUUCCGUGGGGGACGCGACAUUCUCAAGCAUAUGGAGUUCCUGGAUGGAGUUUAUUAUGAGGAUCCAUAUGAGCAGAUCCGAGAAAGACAAGGUAUCUUUAAUCCCUUUGGUCCACUCUGUUACUCUGCUGGACUCUGGUCAAACCCCAUCUAGUCCACAACCCAUGAGAGAGAGCGGGGAUGUCUCCAUGUACUCUGUGGGGGCAGGAAGGCCUGUAGAAAGAGGGACAAGAUGACCUAAGGAUAAGAACAGGGGCAACAGAAGUUGAUUUCUAGGAACGAAAAGGGGCAGAUCCUCUCUUGGUGGAUCACAGGGACCGUGUUACAAUCGCUUUUCUUUAAUACAAGGAAAAGUGAAUCCCCUUUUGGGUAGAAUUGUCCAUUCCCUGCCCUGCCCCCACUCUUCAUUUGUUAGGGGGAGGUCAGAGCCCCUCUCUCAGUGCUAGGCAGAACAUUGUGCUGUGAUCCAGCCAAGGUCAACAUCAGAAAGAUGACGCAGUUUGAAGUAGUGCCCCAGAUGCCAACAGGCUGACCUCUGGGCCAUGACUUUCCUGCUGGGGUCCUGCUCCUUCCCACACAGGCCAGCCCAAGGCUGGCAUGGCUCAGAGAGUGUGAGAAAGGCAUGGCCUGCAAUGAUUGUGUCAAGAACGGUCUGGAGCCGCAUUUUUUGCCUGUCAAUCAAAAGUGUCCCUCCCAUUUUUCUGGAAGUAGCUGAUGUGAGUAAGAACAGUCAGGAGGGAAACCCUUUGUGUCAAGGACUGCCUCCUCAAGGAAUGGCCCUGAGUGAGGGGGGAGAGGGGGCGGUCUGUGCUAUUAGCGGGUACCUCAUUCUCCAGCCCCCAUGCCAACCCCAGGCAGCCUCUGCGUCCUUGCUUUCACUUACCUUGAAUGUACAUGGAAGCAAGGGAAGGAAGUCUCUUACUGAAGUGCCUGAAACCCAGAGCUAGAGCUUCUAGAGACACUGUUCUUCCUGUCUCAGAUUGGCCUACCUUUCCCCAGCGUUAUCUAGUCUCAUGCCCCCACUUCUCAAAAAGGAUAAAAGAACUUGCUGUUCUAAUUAAGGAGAAAGCGAGACUCAGUCAUCAAUCUACAGCAAAAGACAGAGAAUUACAGGGAGAAACGACGUGUGUUUUAACAGCCCAAAUCUAUUCUCCCAAACUACACACACACACACACACACACACUCUCUCUCUCUCUCUCUCUCUCUCUCUCUCUCUCUCUCUCUCUCUCUCUUACACACUUUUGGGGACUAAGAGAAGCAUGUUAUAUUUUAUUCAUCAAAAGAGUAAUGCAAAAGUAAAUGAGCAGAAUAUGAAAAGCUCAGGAUCUCUCCCAAGACCACCGCAGGAGGGCUGACGGGAGACGGGAAGGAUGGAAAUGGACCAAUUUUGUAGCUCAUCCAAUUAGGACACCUUAGAAAUAGCAUUGUGGUAGCGAUGAUGAAGAUGCUGUCAAAUUCAUCCAGUCUGCACCUUCCUAUAGCUGCUCAGUGAAUUCAACUCUUCACCUGGUUUCUUUGUCAUGGGAGUUUGGAGUGUCCUAUUAGCCCGCUCUGGUUCGUUAGGAAUGAGUUACACUCUUUGCCUCCUUCGGUCCCAGAGCCCAGAAUUCAGUGUGAUCCAGGCUGUCUCAAGGAUUGGCAUGGGGAGGGGGAAGCUUUCUUUGAAUCACUUUUUUGGUUACUGAAUCUACCAUUUUAAGAGUAAGAUUUGCUUUAUGGAAACCAACUCAAUAAAAACUACAUUCAAGUCGCAACACCAUUUCACAGUGAAAUAUUUUGAGUCUUGCUUAGGGUAGUCAUGGACAAAAGUUUUAUCGAUGAAAUAUUUCAAUUAUGUUAAUAAACAAGACAAUGCUACUAGUCUCGUA